AUGGAACUUGGCAACAUAGAAUAUAAAGUGAAACUUGUGAACCCGUCGUCGUCACGUCUACAACAUUUGAUCACGCAAAUGAAGUGGCGGCUCAGAGAAGGUCAAGGCGAGGCAAUUUAUGAGGUCGGUGUUGAGGAUGGUGGCAAAAUGAGUGGGUUGUCAGACGUAGAAAUGGAAGCAUCGCUGAUCACUUUGAAAGCCAUGGCGAAUGCUCUUGAUGCUAGCAUGGUCAUAGUAAGUUUGUCGCUUUUACGCUUUUACUAUCUCAAAGUGCAAGAGUCUGCCAAAUUUGAAAGAGAACCUCUUUUCCAGCUAACAGAGAAGGAUGUGACUCCUCGAGGCAGCUGUUCACGUCGCCGAGUGGUCGAAGUUCUCGUACGCAAGGUUCCCGAGAGUCAGCAGUUCAUCGAGUUGAGGUAG